UUGACUUCGUCCUGCAGUAUUGCUUCGACCUGACCACCAUCUAUUGCCUGUACAUGAACUACGCCCUGGCAUUUGUUGCGGUGAUCUUGCUCUUCUUCAAGGAUUACCCCUACAAAGCGGAGGCGUCAACGCAGACAGCGGGCAGUUGCCCGCUACCAUUGGCAUCUACAUCGACGUGGUUGGAUCCUACUCUCAGACAGCAAGCUUGCCGAGAUUCGUCGGCGCUUGAGCAGACACCAUUCCCGAGACCCAGCUCUUCUUCGACGUCUUUCCGAAGCGAUGACGACGAAAGAGCCGUGGCGAUGUUACUGGUGCAAGAGGCUGAACAAGCAGGUCGCGACGCAAUGCGGGUCCUGUUACAGAGACAGUGGAAGAGGGAAGACUGGGAAAAUCGAGGCUAUUCACCGCGCAGAAAGGCGGAUCAUCAUCAAGGAUACCAAGAUCACUCAGCACCUUCACCACGCAAAAGACCGAAAACACCCAAGAAGAAGAACAAGGAGAAGCCCGGAAGCUAUGGAGCACCAGCAUUGGAACCGCCAUGGCAAACAUCUGCGCAUGGUGCAAUGGCUACAUCGACAACGACGCCUGCGAUGGGGAGCGCAGAGUCGACUUUGUUGACAGAGCUGGUCCAUGCCAUCGAGGCUUCCGACUUGCAGAUCACGGACGAAGUGCAAACGGUGAUCGAGAAAGCGAAAAGACCACCAGAGACACCGCCUGUGACGGCCAAGACAGUAAGACAAGCAUUCGACAAACUGGAGAAGAAGCGCAAGACGUUGCAGCAGGCUCAAACGGCACGCUCAAACUUGCAUCUCUCCUGGAACCAAUACAUCGAAGAAUCGGUCAAGCGCUGGAAGUCGUUUGCGACAGACUUUGCGCAAAAGGACGCAGAUUUGGAGAAGAGAGUGGCGGCUGCCAAAGAAGCAGUGGUCGAGGCCAAGCAGAAAUACGACACUGCCAAGGAGGACAACGACCGCCAGGAUGCCAACAAUGUGGACGAGGUCGAGGAAGUCUCGGACGGCAUGGACGAAGAUCCACCAGAUCGGAUAGCCACAGCCGAGGAGAUCCAGGCCAACAUCACAGCAAUGGUGUCCAAUCUGGAUGCGCUUCGAACGCGCCCAGUUGCAGAGCAAGGAGAACAUGCCCUCAAAAAGCAGAAAACAAAUCCAGGGGAAGAAGGAGAUUCCGCCAGGCAGUCUCAGCCUGGUUAUGGACAAGCAGCACUACAGCCUUUUGGUGGGCCCGGCAAAUAG